CAUUUCCAGCUGGAAAUACCCCUGGCUUUUUUGUGCGCAACAUCAUGCUACCAAAAACUCUCAAGUUCUGCCUGGCGAUUACCCUUUCUCUCGUGGUGGCUGAGCCGGACGAAGAGCUCAGUUCGCCCAACAUAACCACUGCCAUUUACAAAGAUCCUGCAAUUGAUGGUCCAGCUCACCUGGCGAUCAUUCCUAACGGGCAACAGCUGACCAUCAAGUGUAACUUAAUCCGGAAGUGGGUUGCCAUACACGGCGCAUGGUAUAAUCCCAGGAAUGUGGAAACGCCCCAGUGCAUGCAUAUGGACGUUGACGCACCGGCAACCCUGUGUCCGCCAACAUGGCCCACCAAGGCCGGACAGUGUAAGGUCACAGCCAAUGACCCUUCUACCGAUCCCGACUGUCAGAACCGCCCGUUGGAGAUCGUUUACAGCUGCUACGACUCAUCAAAGACGAAGACUGCAGAUCUUGUGCAAGUGUCGUUUUCUGACCCGAAAGUAGAGGCAGCAAGACCCCCACCGCAAGUCCCGGCCUUUUAAUGUGACCACAAUAUCCGCUUGAAAUCGAAAGCUACAUAUUAUAUCACUGGCAACAUGUGCUUGUACAAGGAUAUCGGGAACACUUACAGAUACAUAAGAUCCAAACAUCUUGAUAAAAUCAGAAUGAAUAAUUAUUUUCCAAGGUGUGCGCUAAAAAUGAACCGAAACAACGCAUCGCACUAGUGAAAUGUUCCUGUUUGAUAUAACUGAUUUUAAGGCGACUGUACAUGUUUGCAGGCAUCCUAAGUUUUCUGCAUGAGUGUGUGCCUUAAACAUAUGCUGAGCAUAAUUCCUAACGUUACAAAUAAUAAUGUCUUAAACAUCCUUUUUAUUAUUCUGUAGUAGAAAAAAUAAAUACGAACUUG